GAAGGAGAAAGCGGAAAAACACUGCUGUUACUUAGACGUAAUCGGGACACUGAACUGGCUGGGUGUGUGAGUCACUGUACCGCUUCAAAAGCAGCAGUGAAGUAUAUCGUUAAGCUAUGAACAAAACGUUCAGUCGGAUUAAGACACAGAGUCUGAAUAGGCUGGACCUGAGUAAGAAAGGCAGCGUGGAUGAAGACAUUGAACAUGUGGUGUCUCUGCUCAACAGCUGUGAGCAAUUCUUCACCACCAGCUCAUGUUCCGGCAGGAUCAUCCUCAUCGAUAAGGCGGCAGGCAGCAGUGAUGCCCACAAACAGAACUGUGUCUGGCUGUUUGUCUCACACCAGAAGUGCACCUGUGAUGACCUGAUGUCAGGUCUGAGCAGAUCCUGUGGAGAUGCCGUGUUGAAGUUUGAACCCUUUAUUCUCCAUGUUCAGUGCCGCAGGCUAGAGGAUGCACAGCUGCUGCAUUCAGUGGCUGUGAACUCGGGCUUCAGGAACUCUGGGCUCACUGUUGGCAAGACAGGGAAGAUUGUAUCGGCGGUUCGCAGCACCCAUGGCCUGGAGGUUCCCCUGAGCUGUCAUGGAAAACUUUUAGUUGAUGAAGACUACAUCCAGUUCCUGACACAAAUAGCCAAUCAGAAGAUGGAGGAGAACCUCAGACGGGUACAGAGGUUCUUCCAGAACCUCCAGUCAGCCAUGUCAGCAGAGAGACAGCAUAUCUCAGACACCCUUGGCACACAGGAACAUCAAGAUUCCCAACACACACACAAGAAAGGAAGGAGGGGAGAACAGGGGACAAAUAAACAGAACGAAAUAAAUGUGAACAAACGAAGACCUCAGCACGAGACUGAUAGUUGUCAUGGUUAUGAGGACAGCAGCCUGCCAGAGCUGGAUGAUUGUCUGGACCUGUUUACAUAAACAGAUCCUGUGUUUAGAAAAGUUCAGGACUGAGCAACUGUGUACUCGGCAGUCCAGGAGCAGGUUUAAAUUGUUGAGUUGGAUCAAUUUUCUGGAGGUGUCUGCAGAGUUGCUGAUGUUACUAAUAAAGCAAAAUGUACUGCA